AUGUCGGCCGCCCAUGUCGCUCCAUCGAUUCCUCCGCGCCCAGCUCGAGUCCAACAGGCUGCUGCUUCCCAAGGCGUGGGCAAGCUCCCUGACAUCCCUCCUCGUCCCAUAAACAAACGACUUGAGCGCUCCGUCUCACCCGGCAAUUUCCCUCGUUCACCUCUCAAUGAGCCGUGGUCAGCCAAUGCCACCCGUCACAAGACCAAUGAAAAGGCCACCGACGCCAUGCCACGCCGGCCCAGCGUGCAAAAUCUCCCUUCGAUCGGCCAGGAGGGCAUGGAAUAUGCGGAUAUCGCGGACAUGCAAACAGAUCAGCAGCUGCCCGUUUCAUCUUUGGCUGUUGAUGCCGCGGCCCAGACCAGGAAUAUUGCCCAAGACCUGCACCUGCAUGCUCCGAAGCCGUCUCUCCCGAAGUCUAGUGCGACUGCACAGGUUCAGGCUGUCACUAGGACGGAUUCGGGCCAAGCAGCUGUUCAUGGUCUAGGCAAGCCGUCCACUCCUUCGCCGGAAGAAGGCGAGGGUCUGCGCCAGGUGCGCACGAGAAGCAGUUUCUCGCGUCCCACGUCUGCAGCGGCUGGCGAGCGCCGCUCCUCAAUCUUUGGAGACGAAGAGACAGGGCCUGCUGAACUUGGCCUGCGUGUGCCUAUCAACCCUUCGUUGGGAGACGUGCAGGCCCCCUCCCCUGCGCCUGGUCUGAGCCCGUCUCACACGGGCACCAACGGCGACAGGAAGCGGCCGGGUCACUCCCGAGCAAGGACCAGUCGAGAGAUCUUCACUCCCCCGGGCAGCUAUGGCCUUCACGGUCACGGUGUCGCUCCUCAGGACAAAUUCGAAAGAGAUUGGUACUCCAAACACCCCGACGCUGCUCAAAUCGAGGAGACACACGGUCACGGAGUAUAUGAAAGCAUUGGAAGCGGCCGUGGCGCGUUCGCGUUGAGCAGCGACGAUCUGAACAAGAUUGUGCGGGAAACCGCCAGCCGUGGAUCAGGAUUUGGUACUUCAGGAGUAACACAGUCGUAUCCCGACGAGCAGAUCGGAUAUCUUGCGUCAGACCUGUACGUUGCAAGAUCACAACAGGGUACGCCAAACAGCCUCGCAAAAACCGUGACCAACACGUCCCAGCCCGCGCACGAAUCCCCCUUGAGGAAAGCCAGCUUCCCUGCGGAUGACAGCAUUCCAGCUGAGAUUCGCCGUAGUAGACUAUCAAUCUCGGGCAAGCCCGACGACUUGGACGUUGUCGAUAGCGAGCAAGAAGGAGACACCCACAUCCCGCCUGGUCGUCGCUUCAACAAAAUCACGGGCGGCGAAGAAAGCUUGAACGAGUCUGUCGAAACUCGCCCCUUUGUUUCUCACCCAACGGAGGAAGAAGAUCAUGUCAUCGAACAUGGGUAUACCGUGCCAAUCCUGGCAGCAGACGAAGUCGCGAAAGGUGCAGGCAUGGAAGAUCUCCGACCAGCAGUCUCGCCCAGGCAAGAACGGCGUGGAAGUCUGGAACCUGAAAGCGGCGCCAUCACACCAGGCUCUCGGCCGUCGAGCCGACCGACCAGUAUGUACAAUCUCCAUAGCGCCUCACAUUCUCUGUCUCGCUUCCUUUCGCACCACGAAGAGCAAGAAAGGAUGCACACGCCGCUGGAAGACGUGCACGAGUAUGAGCCUCUUUUCCCGGACGACGACAAGAAGAAGCCUAUCAACCACGCGGAACGUUUCAAGCCGAGACCGGAUGCUCUCAAACAGCGUUUCCCCAGUCAGGACAUUUGGGAAGACACCCCUAGCAGCCUUUACUACUCUGCCACCGUCUCGACCCCAGAUCUUCCUGCCAAACCCGACACAGCUCCUCCAUCUAAGACAUUCGAGUCUCCGGACGCGGAGUCAGCGCGGAAGGAAGAGGUGUCGGAAGCGGAGAAGGCUAAAUUGAUAUCGAAGGAUGAGAGACUCGCCAAGUCCCGUUUCGCACCGCAUCUUCGCGAUGACAUGCCCACGAGACCAGGAAUGGUUCCUAGGUUUCCCAGCCAAGAUAUUUGGGAGGAUAGCCCAGAGAGUCAUCAUCUUGUUACCGUGAUCACUCCCCGACCGCCAGAGCCGGAAGAACAAGAGACCUCGCCAGUGGAUACGGCGAAGCCGACCAUCCCUCCACGACCAGCGAAGAGCAGAUUGGGAGAAGGCGCAUCGUCCGCCCAGGUUGCACCAAGCAUACCGCCACGACCGUCUAAGGCUUCUCACGCUGUGCCCGUACUAACGACACCAUCACCGGACACUAGCAAGCCAAAAGAUACUUCCCCAACUCUCAAGAAAGUUCCCAGUAUCCCUGACCGCCCGAAGCCUCAAAUACCCUCUCGGCCGGCAAAGAAACCUUCCGCGGAUGCACUCGCGAAAACACUUUCCGGUGAAUCUGCAGGAUCCGUGGAGCAAGAGAAGGUCUCGCCUCCGGUCGCGAAAGCCAAGCCUCAAAUUCCGGCCCGGCCUGGUGCAAGCAGUAAAAUUGCGAACCUGAGGGGGAACUUCAUGAAUGAUCUCAACCAGAAAUUGGGUCUGGGACCGCCUAAGGAGAAGGAACCUGAACCAGUCGCGGAAGAAGCGAAGCCUCUAGAGGACGCCCGCAAGGGGAGAGCCCGAGGUCCGCAACGAAGGGCACCGGCUAAGUCGCCGGCCGCUCCGGUCAAGUCGAUGGGAUUUGCGAUAUUCGCACCACGAUCUCUGUGGACCAUAGAAGAGGGAGAAUUGAACGUCCCUUCAGCCGACGGUGCCCCCGUGUCGGACAUGGAGGCUACGUCUGAGGACGUCCUCUCAGAGAAGAAAUCAGAGCAGGCUGAAAACUCGACAGCUGCUGAUGCACCGCUGCCGCCGACUAUUGACACCACGGAUCACGCCGAGUCGCAAGGCUCAAAGACGGAAGCUGAAGAGUUGCCAAGUGCUGCAAGCAACCUUGCAGAUCCGGAACCCACCCUCGGGGCUCCCACGCAGGAGAAGUCCAAUCCGCUGAGCAUGGCACCAAGUAGAAACGAGUCAGGCGAGAAGAAGGCGAUGGACGAUGGCGAUGCUGAGGACGGUGAAGGUGUUGAUCUGUCUCAACGCACGACUGAGAGCAGCGGGCAAGCUUCCGGGCCAGAAUUGGAGAGAGAAGAACCGGAUCCCACUACUGAUGCGAUCCCCGUCAGCAAGCAGACCACCGCCAGUUCCAAGGGUGAUACUGUUCCAUUGGAAAAGACCGUAUCACGAGAAGAGCCCUGGGUCUUGAGGAAUAUGUUACCUGAGGGAGAGCCAGGGAAGGAAAGCAUGGAGCAGGUGUAG